CGGGAUGGGCGGAGCUUCCCAGGGCGGGCUUGGGCGUCAGGGGGCCCCGAGGCGCCUCUUGAGCAGCACGUGGAGCGGCCUGGAGCGCGAGAGGUCCCCCUGGAGAGCCCUUGUCUGGGCCCAUUCCGCCCUGGGAGUGGCCGUUCCUGAGGACGUGCGCCAGAAACCCCAGGGUGCCGCUUAGCCGGUGCGCCCCGAGCCAGCUGCUCCAUAUGGAGAUGGUGAACCCAGAAAACGUGUUCUCCCACGUGCAUCGUUGUGCGGCCCUCACCAGCGACACCUUCGAUCGGCUCCUGGCAGGGGACCCACAGUACUGGAGCUGUAAGAGCAGCGUGGCAGCCUUCAUCCUGGAGCGAGAGGUGAUGGACACGCAGCAGGGUUGCAGGGAGAGCUUUGAGCUGGUGGCGCUGGGCACUGGCGAUACCUGCUACGGUGGCUGGCUGGAUUUCAGGGGCUGGCGGCUCCAUGACACGCACGGCCUGGUGGUGGCUCGCCGGGCGCUGCAGAGCAGGUACCUGUACAAACAGCUGCUGCUGUGGUGCAACCUGAAGGAGCCGGCGGACCAGGAGAAAUGCAUCUUCCAGCCCUCGGCGGAGGGGGGGCUGCUGGCCCUCAAGCCGAAGGUCUUUGUGCACCUGUAUCUGAGCCGCACACCCACAGGGGCCUCUGAGAACUUCCCCAUCCCGUUCCCGGGGAGGAAGCCCUCGGUCGGCCUCUACGUCCAUGCCAAGGGCGCGCUGACGCCCGUCUCCAGCUGCCCCCCAAGCCUGCUGGCCGCCUGGGUCUGCUGCGCCUCGGGCAGUGACAAGCUGAGCCGCUGGAGCGUGCUGGGCCUGCAGGGGGCGCUCCUCAGCCACUUCAUGGAGCCGCUAUACCUCUCCAGCAUCAUCCUAGCGGACCCUGGCCCCAACCAGCCCGCCCUGAACUGGGUCAUCAACGAGCGGCUGCAGCUGGGCCCCGAGGCCGGCCUGCCAGCCCCCUACGCCCAGCACCAGGUCUGCUUCUUCCUGGGACCCCGCGUCAGCCCCCUCAGCUCCAGCGCCGAGUGCUGCAGGCUGAGCCUCAACUGGUGCCGCGGGGACGCAGCCCCAGAGCAGGUGGACGGUGCCACUGGGCUGGCCGUGCUGAAAAACCCCACCGUGGAGGACCAGGUCUUCCCCAGCCAGAUCUGCAAAGCCGCCAUGCUGCAAUACUUCAGGGAGGUGGCGCAGCAGAUGAACAAGAACGCCCUGCUGGCGCUGCCCACGUACCACCAAGCCAAGACCCAGGCGGAGUCUUACCAGAGCGCCAAGGACCAGCUCUUCGCUCACCUGACCUCCCAAGGGCUUGGCAAGUGGCCUCAGAAGCACCUGGUGGACAACUUCACUGGUCAGGCAGUGAAAUAGACCCGGGGGGGUCUGGCCACCUGCCUCCCAGAAAUGCCGGGGGGGGGCACAGGAAGGAGUAAAAUCUAGAGACUGUUGCAAAUUUCGGAAGUUGGGGUUAGGGCUUUUAAACUCUGUUUGCCGUGAUGCAUGGGGGAGGGGCCAGGGCUGUGAAGAAGGCCCACUUUUCAUUUGAUUUGUCUUUGAAUUGCGAGGGCCGUCGAUUUCCCCAGAGUGCUCCGGCUGGUUCAGCCCUGUUGGCGCGGAGCAGCUGGCAACCUGCUUUCACGGAUGGGUUAGUGCCGGUGCAUUUAGCCCAGAAUGUCUCCCUCUGUAUCAGCCUUGUCCAGUGGUUAAUUACACUCCUCUAUCACCUAGACUGAGCUGCUUUUAGUCUCGCUCGCUCUCAGGCAGAUUUUCCAGCCCUGGAAUCAUUCUCGUAGCUCUUUGAGCCCUUUCCAGUGUGUCCGCAGCCCGUCUGA